AUGACUUCCACUAUUGAGAUGCCUCGCUUGCCAGGAGACGUUCCAUCCUUGACGUCUUCCACGCUCAAUCACGUUGCGAAGGUAGCUGUGAACAAGGGCCGCGCAACAAGGAAUGCUCUGUAUAGGCAUGCGCAGUUUCUCAACUCUCUUCCUGAAGGUGCAAAGGCCUAUCACAAAGACAACAGAGAGGCACAAGGCCUUCCACGAGCCUAUUCCAUUCAGUUCGCUGAUCCUACAGUCGACCAGGACCAUCCAGAGCUGAAGAAGCUUAAUGGUCAAACCCUCAUCAUUGGUGAACAUGGCUCCAAUAAUACAGGUAUGCUCUUGAAUGGACACAGAAUCUCCCCAAGCCAUACCGCAUUUUCGCCUGCCACCAGCAGCUACUCUUUCAAGGCCACAAUCCCAGCUACCGAAGGCCAGCAGAAUUCUGAUGUCGCUGGGUUCGUGAGUCUUAUAGGACAAGAGCCGAGUGGUGUCCUUUCUGUGGGUAACAGGACAUUCAACAUCAGGCUUGACCCACGCAAGGUAUGGUUCAACGUGAAUAUCUCUGCCAACGCUGGAGCAUACUUCAGUACCGGAGAUAGCACUUUGAAAUGGGACAUAACCAGUUCCGCAUGGAAAGGAGCAACCUGGGAAACAGCUGGUUUGACCUUUGGGUACGACACCAAGAAUAUUGGCGAUGACAUACAGGCUCGAUGGGCGACCGAGAACACCUUCAUCGAUAAUGCUAGUACUCCGCCAACGAAAUUUGAUCUUGCGGCUUCAGCGGCUACUUAUGGAUCCAUUUACACUUGUACCAUGUCAACUGGUAGUGGCCCUGAUGCCACAAUGGUAACCGAUGUCAUCAUUCCUCCUCCUGCUGCACCUGCAAGCAGAGCUAACAUGCCCAUCAAAUCCGUGUUCCCAACUCUGUGGGAAAUAACCUUCUCACCUUUUGGAGAUAGCUUCAAUGGGGCUUACAAAGACGCCAAUGGGGACGUUUAUGCCGUGUCCGGCACAGUCAAAUUGGAUGAUACCGAAUCCCUCGUUAAUAUCCUGUCUACUGUGCCGGAAGGAGUUCCUGUCAAGAACAUCAACCCUGUCACUGCCGCGGAACCAGGACCAAGCGCCAGCACCUCUCAACCCGCACCAUUGCCUGGAGCGAACGAACCGGCUUCAAACAACAUCAAUGGCAAGUUGAUCGGAGAAGGCUCCAUGGAACCAUCGUUUUCCAUGAUGACCACUACUGUUUCAAGCCAACCUCCCUUGACUUACCUGGAACUUUUGAACAUGAACCCCAUGGUCCCAGACUCUACCAGCGCCUCGAACUAUCGGGAUUCCGUCGCCGAGCUGGCAAUGCAAGACUUCCAUGAACUAAUCAUCUAUUUCAUGGAUUCGGACCUUCGCACAACAUUCAUUCAGGCUACAGCGCCUGUUCUAACGCCGGAUGUCUUGGCUGUCGCGACUGACGAUGCAGCAUCUGGAAAUGGUGAAAACAAGACCUUCUAUCAAAGUCUGCAGGUCCCUUAUAUUGUGUCCAUGCUGGCGGCGGGCACAGUUUCCCAAGGCAAAUAUUGCAAUGGCUUACGAGCUAACAAUCAGCUGAAAGAUAUUCCCACACAUUCCGAUGUCUACAAACGACACUCAGCCAAACUUUAUCGAAUACAUUAUCUCCAACAUUUCCCUGCCAUGAACCAGUUUCUGCAAGAUCAAAACAAUACCGACUACACGAGCCAGAUCGACGUGAUCGGGAAUCAGAUGAAAAGCGACAUUGCUGCCAAGAGUGCCAAUGUGAACGACCCCAGCAACCCCGAUUACUCUAAGCAGCUAGCGGCAGCUCAAAACGAUGUCAGCAACUUGAUUACAUGGGCAAAGGACCAAUCACUAUACUGGGCACUCCAGUUGCUCUACUACGUUGAGAACUCCGCUUUGACAAACUGGUACACGCAGUACACCACUGGCACGAACACUAGCAGUUUGAGCAUGAUGCAGAAACAGCUCAAUACAUUGUUUGGAAUGCUGGAGAACAACCGUGUCAACCCAUCUGGGCCCAACUUCAUGGAAGCAUAUAACGACGACAUGCGUCUUUUCCAGAUGACUUCAAUCAUUCCAACGCUUGUUGACAUUCGCGGAAACUCGGUUGAGAUCACUACCUUGAUCGACGAGUGUCUGGCCGACUACAUCGAGAACUUCAAAGUUUCGACCAACCCAGAUCAUGUUGCAGCACUCGCAGCGGCUGAGCAGCUGUAUGGAGACAAACAGCUGCAGCAAAAGUUCUGGGAUUCUCUUGCAAGCGCCUCUCGUGUCGGCGUCGCUGCUAGCUCAUGGAGAAACACUAUGUAUUUGUGGGAGAAGACAAUUGUGCAAGCCAACUGGUUCAAGAGAUUGGCUGCUGGUGGGAGGCUCUUAGCUGUCUUUGAAGCAGCAACUGGUGCGGUUCUACUCCUAUUGCCUCUGAUCCCAGGUAUGUGGGAUAAGAUGGAUAGCUCACAGAAGUUGGCUUGGAAGCUAGCAUUGGCAGGCCUCUGCGGUACGAUUGUAAUCGGCAUUAUGCAAGGUCUACUCCGAUUCUACUACCUUUAUGGUGAUAUUUCUGGUUUCUGGCCAAGCUUGAAGUGCUGCCUUGGGUUUGAAUCGGUGGUUGAUGCAAUCCCAAAUGCCGCAGAGAAGAUACAAGGGGGCUUUACCAAGUUCUUUACUCGAACCUGGAAGCAGACCCUCCGGUUACAAGAGAAUACUGACAACGGACUUGUCGCUGAAGGUGAGGGAUUUACUAAAGUUGAGCGCGUGAUUGGUCGGAACGUGGGUGAAGUCAUUGGAACUGUCGCUGGCUUGGCACUCGCAGCUGCCUCUAUUUACUCGUCGAUCAUCGACCUUGAGCGUCAGGGCGUCCCAGCGCUCAGAGCUAUGGACAUUCUGAUGAUCAUAUCGUCCGCCAUACAGAUCCUUGCUGUAGCUGCAGGCAUGGUCGCUGCAUUUACUACAGGAACCACCUUGGCCGCUGUGACCUUGUGCGCGACAUGGGGGGGUCCUGUGGCUAUCGUGUUUGCCAUUGCUGGCUUGAUUGUGUACCUCAUCUGGGAGUCCAAACAGACCACUGUCGAUCCUCUCACUGCGUUCCUAGACGAUGACGCUGGCCCAGCCAAUCUUCGGAUGCCGGGUGAAAAGCAAGCACCGGAGUACUUUGGAAUUGUACCUGCCACCUCCAGCGAUGCAGCCCUCGUUGGACUUGCAAUUUCUGGCCCACUAACAUCAGCCCCAGAAACUCAGCAGCAAUAUCUCAAACUCGACACCGAUGCCAUGGCUCCUGCUCUAGUUGGCCAACCCGACUACAGUCUGGACACAAUUUGGAGCUUGGAAACAGACCCUUACGGCAAUAGCAAGAUCUACACUGCGGCAUAUUCCAACACCACUGAUCCUGCUGGACAGGCCAUUACCACUCAAACUCUAUGGUACUUAGGUACUUCAGAUGACAGUACGCAGGUUGUCUUCCGCCAGCUGCCUUCUGAGGAUCAGUCGGCAGAUCAGCAUAAACAGGUACUACCGCAUGUCCAGUGGACGAUUGAUGUGCUCACCACGCCAACCCAAGACGUGCCAGACGUCGUUAACGGUCAGGGCGUCGUAACAAAGCCCGGAAAUGUACUCAGUGCCCAGGUCAGUAUAUCACAGGGUGGGGCGCAGUUAGGUCGCUGGAUAGAUCCCCAGACGAUGCAAAUGGAUGCAGGGCUAUCCCUGGUGACUGAUGGCAAUGCCGUCAACUCAGCGGGCAAACAGUUUUGCGAAAACUGGCUUUUUAAGAUGGAGCCCAUUGGACCGCCACCGUUCAAGUACUUGAGACCUCACUGGACGAUUUACGAUACUGAUACGGAUACCACUGAUGUCCCGCAUUUCUCCCAGGUCGGCACAUCCAGCAGUGGCUUACAGUGGACUAUCACCCCUGCUUUGCCAGCUGGCGUUCUUGAGCUCGUCACAAGUUCUGAUGCUGAUGAACUGAAUGAAGGCACUAUUCAACAAGUUUCCGGAAAGACAGCACCGGUAAUGGCAGCUACCACUUACACUGUCUCAUGCUCGCUUGUAUAUCAGGGCAAGAUAUGCUCAACACAAACGGCAGAGAUUGUCAUUGAGGUGGUUCACGAUACUGCUGAUGACUGA